AAAAAUAGCACUUAAUAAUUUAAUAGACCGGAGCUCCAGAGCAAAACUAGAACAAAUUCGUUCAAGAGUUUUUAUUGCUGAUUUUGUUUCCUUGGCAUAAAAUAAUACUCCAGCCAAAAGUGCUACUAAAUCCAUUGGUGCAUUUCUGAGAAAACGGCAACACUGGUCGGUUUUCAGUUUUUUUUUAUUUAACUCGAAAACCAAGCCUACCUUUGAAACGGCUCAAAGACACUUUUCAUAGCAAAUUAAAUUUUCUGUCAUGUUGAGAUUAUUAAAAAAUUUAAAAAAUUAUUUUUGACUGAAAUUCUAACCUAAAAUCAAGGUUAGGUUAGGUUAUAUGGGCUGACAGUUGAUUUUGUUACCGUCACACUUAGAUCAAUGUAGAUCCCUUGUGAUACCCUGAAGUAUUGUAACUUCAUGAAAAAGUGUUAACCUAGGAAUGCUAUGGUUGUUCGAGCCAUUUGGAGGACUUGACAAAGUUCAGUAGGCUAUUGCCUGAGAGUUCCGAUAGUUCUUCUAAUUCAUUAAAGAAGUAGUUUCCUAAGAAUUUUUUCCUAGUGCGACAGAGUGCUGGGCAGUGACAGAGGAAGUGAACAGUGUUUUCCUGUUCGUCCUCAUUACCGCAGCCUCUGCAUAGAUCAUCCGUACUAAGCCCCAUUUUCUUUUUGUGAUAUCCUAGUAGGUUAUGUCCCGUUAAGACGCCUAUUAGGGAUCUUAAGGAAGGUUUACUAAGUUGUAAGAUCUUAUUUGAUUUUUUCUCGUCGAAGUUCGGCCAUAGGUUCCGUCUUUCAUUGGUUUUUUGUGAAACAUCACUGUGGCCGGGAACCCAGCAGAGUCUUACAUUAUGCUGCAUACCAAGAACCCUAAGCUCUUCGCGACAGCAAGAAACAAGCUUUGACUUGAUUAGGGUGGCAGAAAUCGCUUUUAUUGCCGCUUGAUGGCUAUCAAUGAAAAAGGUGAUGUCAGCAGGUGAUAUCGUUAUCAUGGAUUUAAGUUUAGCAGCAUUUUUCACUGUGCCAAUAUCUCGGCUUGGAAGACACUGCUGUGAUCGGGGAGCCUGAAAGAACUGGCAAGGUUGAGGUUUUCUGAGUAAAAACCUGCACCAACCCCAGUGUUCAUUUUCGAACCAUCAGUAAAGAUGGCGAUAGUCGACUCAUUUGAGAAAUAUACACUGUUUUCCCAAUCUUGUCUGUUAGGGAAACUGACAUUAAAAGACUUGUUGAAGUCUAAGUAAGGGGUCAUGUAAUCUGUACUUACGUUGUUGCCAACGUAGUUAGAAAGGAUCGUAGUAUGGCCGUUUUGACUAGUAUUCCAAAUGUUGGUUUGACUGAGUCGUAGGGCGCUGUUUGCUGCUAAUUCUUUUACAAAUAGAUCUAAGGGAGUGAAAUUAAGGAUUGCUUCCAGACCUGCGGUUGGAGUGGACCUCAUCACCCCCGUAGUGCUAAUGCAUACUGUUCUUUGUACUUUGGUUUGGGUCUUCAAGUUCGUGGAUUUCUCCAGAGCUUGCCAGCUUGCCACCAGACUAAGCUGCCAUAAGUCAGAAUGGGUCUGACAAUGGCGGUAUACAUCCACAUGAUUUUUUUAGGAUUUGGUCCCCAGUUUCUGCCAAGAAUUCUAUUAGGUACAUGAGUAAAGUGCAAACGUGGCUUUCUUAUAUCUUUCUUGAAUGUUUGGACCCCAGUUAAGUUUCUUAUCCAAGAUCACUCCUAGAUAUUUCGCUUUAUCCGAAAUCUUAAGUGGGGUGCCAUCAAUUUUUGGCACUACAAAAGGAGGAAUUUUCUUUCUGUUUGUGAAAAGUACCAGUUCUGUUUUAAGGGGGUUUACUUUAAGACCGCAUCUCCUGGUCCUUAAAACCUAAAAUCAAAGAAAAAAAAAAUUAAAAAAUUGACGAUUUUAUUUUUUUUACUAAAUCAAGGGCAUUUUUUGGUACGUCCAAACUUUGUACUAAUUAAAUAAAGUAGAGGUAGGUUAGGUUAGGUAGUAGUGGCUGUCAGGCAAAUUACCCGACACACUUAGACCCUUAUGGAUCCAUUGUGAUACCACAAAAGACUAGCAAGUUGGGACUCACUAGCCGAACCACUCGGUGCUUCUUAUGAAUGAAGAUAGACUUUUAACGUCCGUUUUCACUAGAUCACUAGUGUAUUCGUAGAAGAAUUCUCCUAGAUAGAGUUUUCUUCUAUUAGAGAGAGCAGGGCAGGUGCACAGAAGAUGUUGAACAGUUUCCUCUUCUUCUUCAUCCAUGCAACUUCUGCAGAAAUCGUUAGAGAACACGCCCAUUCUUUUUGCGUGUCUACCUAUUAGACAGUGUCCUGUAAGGACACCUAUGGUGGAGCUAAUAUGCAUUCUGUUUAAAUUUAACAAACCCUUUGAACGUUUCAAGUCUAUACAAGGCCAUAUUUGUUUAGUAGCUAGGCAAGUAUUACUCUGAGUCCAUCUGAGGUUGGUUUUCUUUAAAGCGUCCUGCUUUAGCAUAAGUUUGCAUGCAGCGAUAGGUGUUCCUAUAUUGUUCCUUUCUGGUUGAAGAGGAGUAAUUGUUCCUAGUUUGGCAAGUUCGUCUGCCCUGCAGUUGCCUGGGAUAUCUCUAUGUCCCGGCACCCAUACGAGGUGAAUGUUAAACUGCUCAGACAUCUCCCUUAGAGAUGUUUGACAGUCGAGGACCGUGAUUGAGUUUGUAGAGACAGAGGCAAGGGAUUUAAUGGCUGCUUGACUGUCCGAGAAGAUCCGAAUAUCCGUGUUGGAUAUUACGUUUUCUCUGAGCCAAGAGAGAACCUCCUUAAUCGCCAGAAUUUCUGCUUGGAACACGCUACAUUGGAGUGUUGGAGAUUAAUCUGUACCACCUGCAGCAUGGCUACAACCAGUACGAUCAACCUCCACCACUGUGGCAUUUAGGUCUUCCGUUUCUGAGGUAGAGUUUAAUAGCUCAUCCUCAGAUAGAAGAUCCUCCUGCGCAACGCUGACAGUGUCCAUGUCGGACAAGCUUCUAGCCAUCUCAUCAUCUUCCAAUACGGAAGAUAUUGUUUUCGCGUCCUUUUCGGACGCUGGGUUUUGGUUCGUGUCAUUUACUGACACUGGGGUUUGUUUUGUUCCCUCUUCGGGAACUUUCGAAGAUGACCGCUGAUCUGGAAAGGAAGAGCUGCAUGAUGCAUCAACUUCCAUUGCUGAAAGUGCUUUACAUAUGCCCAAUUCCUCCAUUUCAGACUGCGCCGUAUGGCCUGCAAGCCUUGCCAUCUCCUCAUCUUUUUUAUAGAUUUUUAGCACAAGGCUAUCAAACCCAUACUGGAUAACUCCCCCGGUUGCAGCCAGAGGAUCCAGUGAUUCUUUGUUAAUGAUAACAAGAGCCGAACGAUAGCGCCCCACCGGCUCUUUUUCGAUGAUUGGGACUUUCCAGUCGUGAGUGGGCAUCGAAGGGUUACUGAAUUGAAUCAGUCGGAGAACCAUCUCUGGUGACGUGUGUAAGGCCGGGACCAGAGUACGAGCUCUUGGCCUGCAGGGGAUUUCCUCCCUUGGCACAACCUCCAGCUUAGCACCUGGCCAGAUCUCACCCAAAUCACCCACAGCAAGCUUAUAGAGAUGUAACGAUCUCUGAUCAUCGCAAACGAUGAGUUUGACCCUAUUUUGGUGCCAUCCUCCGUCGCUUACCUUUGGAAGGGAGCCUGGGUUCGCUUCGAGAACAGGGAUGAACCUGAACCCGAGGUGAGCCCUGACGUCCGCCCAAUGAUCAGGCGAGAUGUUUCCAUCUAAAUUGCCUCUGUCGAUGACCGCAACAGUAACCUUUUCUUUGACCACGUCACUAAAGGUAUUCCCAAUUCGAAGUGUCGGUGGUACGCCAUCCAACACCCUUGCUUUUUUGGGUUGAGGAUUUUCUUCCUCAAAGGACCUUUCUCGCUUAGACGUAGUAUCUUUGCUGAUCCUCUCCAUCACUUUCCUCGCCCACUUGAGCUUGCCGAGUUCAGAACGACUUCUCUCCCCCGGGGCUUUUUCAGCAUCGAGUUCGAUGAUCUUCAUUGCUUGGCGACGCUCAUUAGCGGGUCUGUAUCUCGUUUUGCCCCCUUCCUUGGCCGAGCUGGAGUUCUUGUUCAGAACUGCAGCUCCACCAAGGGAAGGAACAGCUGGAUUCGAGGAUGACUUAUCGUGGCCAGCGGUUCUAGUAUCACUAACCCCUCCCGCCACGAUAUUCUUCCCCGUCUCACUGGUAUUACGGGCAUUGGAGGUAGAGACAGAGUUGCUAAUAGCAUCCCUGCCUCCCCCCCCUUGGACAUUGUUGUUUCCUGGUUUGGGUGCCCCGUCACCUUGGUCUGUGAUACAGACCGGUGGCAGCAGUGACACCGUCCCCUUUCCACAUAUUUUCAUACUUCCUUCCGGGAGAGACGUUCCGUCACCUUGGUUGGCGGUUUGGUCGUUCUUGACUACCUCGCCGCUAGCCGGUGGCAGCAGAGUUGGCAACUCCGGAAGUUUGUUUCUUUCCAGGAGAGACAUUCCGCCAACUAGGUUUACGGUUUGGUUGUUUUUCACUUCCUCAUCGCGAACCGGUGGCAGCAGAGGCGCCGUUCCCGGAAGAUUGUUUGUACUACUAGCAUUAGGAUUUGACUCCGUCCUGCAAGUAGUAGACGUUGGCAUGACUGCCGCAUCACUCGCUAUUUUAGAGCAAGUGGCCGGCAAGUCCUGCUUCCCGCCAUGUUUUUUUGGUUUUGUUUGUUUGUUUUGUUUUUUUGUUUAAAGAGUUCAUAGAAGGUCCCACGAGUAGAAACGGAAAAAAAAAGGUCAGCCCCGGCAGAGCCGUGUACCGGGGUAAGGCUAGUCUAUUUGCCAGGCAUCCGAAAGAGCUCGUAAGUGACUGGUUUACCCCCCAGUCUUGCAUUCUUCGGCACGGUUUCAAAAAGCUCACACCACCACUGAAAUUAGGGACCCCGAAUCUAUGGUGAAGUUGAAUUUCUGAGGAUUGUACUAUUAAGAAGUAAGAACCACUCAGCGAUCCAACCUAACCUUAGCUGCCACCGCUUUGACAUCGUACAAAGCAUAAACUGUGGUGGUCAUUGUCCGCCCGGCACCCACUUGGAGGGUUCGAUCGAGGAUUUUUGCCAGGCAGAGGUAAAAUCCUUUGAUAAUAUGCAAUUUGCAAUUUUUUUUGUCAAGAAACAACUUAAAUGUACCUAUUCAAAAAUUAGCACUUUUUCCAAAUUUUUGACUCUUUUAGUUAAAAGCAAGUUUUUAAAUCUCGAUCAGAUCGUAUAAAUUGGUAACUUUUAGACUUUUAAAGUAAAUAUACUUAGAGGGAUUGAUUUAAUAUAAACUAAAGGACCCCGGACAAUCUCACUUAAAGUGCGCGACUACGCCGCUCCCUGAGGUGGUAUUUGAUUAUUUGUGGCACCUUUUCUCGACUUUUUCAGAGGAGGAUUAGCUUCCUCACGAGACCUAUUUAUUUUAACGGACUUUGCAGACUAAAUGAGAAGAUUGUUGUCCUUCUCAACAAUCUUCCCAUAUUUGUUUUUAUCAGCGACAUCAUUCUCGUGCGGAGAAUGAUGCCGCUUCCUCAUUUUUAGCAAUCUUGCGAAGAAUGAAGGAUGCCCUCUUGAAAUCCGCUUUCAGAACUCGCUUUUCUUCUUUUACGAUGAGUAGCAUCGCUUUGGCUGGCUUUGCUACCCGAAGGCUGGUACCACCUGCACUUUCGGGCUUUGAAGGUUGCUCAGAUAUGCUAGUGCCUCCAGGCAGUGUUGCCGCUGGAAAAAACCAGAAAGGGGCCAAAAAAGGGGCCCGAGACAAAAAAGGGGCCAAUCAUAAAAUUUCGUGAAGCAAAAAAAAAUUAUAUAAACAUCACCGAAGACAUAGGUAUCAUAAACCCAGUUCUCAUGAUCUUUUCCUGGUUUUAUUGAAUCAAGGGCUGUCAUCAAGGAAUUGCUAGUUUUUACAAUUAAUCUAUCUUCGUAAAUUUUCACAAGCUUAUUUUUUAUCAGUGUCAGUCUGAAAACUACUCUUUCAGCUGAGGCACUGCUAUGAAGAAUUUUCAAACAUAAUUUCAUCCAAACCAUUUUUAAAUAACCCGCGAUAGCAUACCAAAAUCCCCCUUAAUUUCAAUAAAUGUUUCAAGAACCUUAACCGCAGAUCCAGCCUCGAGCAUUUCAUAUACCCCAACAACUUUCUCGGAAUUCAAUCGACUAAAUGCUGGAAAUCAGAAACCAGGUCUACUAAUUGAAGUCAACUGUUCUAUCUUUUAUAACUCUCCAUAUAGUCUAUUUAGAGCCGUUUUCUUCACUUAAAGUUGAAGUCAACUUAAGGAUUUUUAUUCUCAACUUGAGAUUUUGUUUUUCUUCACUCAAAGUUGACAGUUUCAACUUUCGAUUCUCAACUGUAGAGUUGAUCAACUUUAGAUUUUCUCAACUUCCGAAAAACUAGAAGUUUACAGCAUGAACUCGGGAUUUUCUGUCAUAAUUUGAAUUUGUUUUUUUUUUUUUUUAAUUUGUUUUAAAUAAAUUGUCUAUUUGGUUCACCACGUAAAUUGUAAAAUCAUUAUGUUUAGAAGAAAAUAUUUUUGGGAAGAUAGGCCAUCGUCUUCUUCAGAAGACGAAGACAGUGAAAAUGAAGAAAAUUUAAGAAUUGAAAGAAGACAAUAUAAGAUGCUCCCACGUAUUGGACUUGACAGAUGGGAUGACCGCGAUUUUAUUUAUCGUUUCCGGCUUUCGAAGCCAAUCACAUUGAUGGUGCUGAGUCUAAUAGAAGAUUCUUUGCCUUGCAACGAAGGAAGAUCACGUGAAUUACGAGGAAUAACCCAAUUAUUGAUUGCUUUGCGAUAUUAUGCACUCGGAUCAAUCCAAUUGGCAGUUGCAGAUUUUAUUGGAGUAAGCAUUGCUACUGUCCAUCGCACCCUUAAAAGAGUUUCACAAGCAAUUGCCAAACUUGCUCCACGAUUCGUUCGUAUGCCUGAGACACGCAUGGAACGAUUAGAAGCAGCCCGAAAUUUGUAUGCCAUAGCCAAGUUUCCGAGAACAACUGGAGCGAUAGAUUGUACCCAUGUCCGCAUACAAUCACCAGGCGGAAGUGACCCAGAACUCUUCCGAAAUCGAAAGGGAUGGUUCUCUCUAAAUGUUCAGACAGUAGCCGCAGCAGACUUGAAAAUCAUAGAUAUUGUUGCUCGUUGGCAGGGUUCAACCCACCAUCAGCGAAUUUUCAAUUUAUCAAAUUCAAAGCAACGAUUUGAAAGAGGUGAUUUUGAGCAUUUUAUUAUAAUUGGCGACUCUGGUUAUGCAAAUACUAGGUAUCUUGCGACGCACACUGGGGAAAUUUGUAUGGGAGUGCGAAACCUACAAAAAAAAAAUGUGCGACGCCUUUCCAGAAUGUAUCAAAUGAUGCUGAAAAUUUAUAUAAUGAAUCACAAAUUCGUACCCGAAAUUGUGUCGAGCGUUCGUACGGAAUUUGGAAAAGGCGUUUUCCAGUGUUGGCAACAGGAUUAAGGUGCAGGGUUGAGACGAUACAAUUAAUCAUUAUUGCUUGUGCUGUGUUACACAACAUAGCAAUCGACGAAAAGGAAUUACAGCCACCACCAGAAAUACAUGGGUUUGCAUAAAUGCUUU